AUGUAUGAUAUCGAAACGUGCGGAUAUUUCGAUAUGUUUCGAUAACUCAUGCUUCGAUACUUUCACAGUGUUACAAUCUAUUCGCUAUCUUUUUUAGUAGGUACAUUUCCGCUCAAACCAUUGUGUGGAGCACUUUUUAAUUGUUUUUUUUUUUUUUUUGGAAAAUUGAAGAGCGACUGCUAAACUAACAGUACCUUGAAAUGCCCCAUUGCUUUCUCACGCGUGAUUUAGUUUUUUGAUUUCGCACUUUUUCUCGCACAUUUUGAAUUCCUUUGAUUUUUCAUAAUGUGUGCUGCUGUAGUUCUAGGAAAUACCGGCGUAGAAUUCGCGAACCAGGCUACUUCUGGUCAACGUCAUGAAUCAUCGAAACAUUUCCUCAAAAGAUCGCUCCAAAACUAUCGCGAAAAAGAUUCCAAAACAUUUAGUUACAUCACCUUGACGCUGAUCGCCUUGAUUUUAUAUGCACUUUUGUACACUUUACUACGCCAAGAGAUGGAACCUCCUGGAGGACAACUUUUCCUUUUAAUAGCAUUAGCAGGACUGAGUUACUUUUGCGGAUGGUCAAUCUCAUUCUUGCAUUUACCCCCUUUGUUGGGCAUGAUACUUUGUGGCGUAGCGUUGAGAAAUUUGCAAUUCUUCCGUAUGACUGGCAUCUACGUCGAUAUCGUUGCGACGAUAAGACAAAUAGCUUUGACCGCUAUUUUAAUACUAGCUGGUGUAAGUCUGGACGCAUCUGCACUGAAAAAACUCGGCUUGGUUGUGGCUCGUUUGACUUUAAUUCCUUGUUUGGUGGAAGCUUCAACAGCAGCCGUUGCUGCUCACUAUAUUAUGGGCAUGCCAUGGAUUUGGGCAUUAUUACUCGGAUUCGAGUUGGGUGCUGUCAGUCCUGCAAUCGUGGUCCCUGCAUUGCAAACUAUCAAAGAGAAAGGGUAUGGGGAGAACAAGGGUAUAUCUACGCUACUUAUAGCCGCAUCAAGUGGUGACGAUGUAGUCUGUAUUUCAGUUUUUGGCGUUAUUUUGGGAUUAGUAUUUUCGGAAGGAAAUCUGUUGUCGAAUAUCAUCCGUGGUCCUAUACAAGUCGCAGUUGGUGUGAUCAUUGGCGUAGUUUGGGGUUUCAUAUUAUCUGUUUUCCCUCAUCGAAAUGAAAAUUAUGUAGUCUUCAAACGCUCGUUGAUGGUAGGAGCAGGUAGCCUUGUAUGUGUUCUGGGAAGUCAAAUGAUCGGUUAUCCUAGUGCUGGGCCCAUUGCUGCGAUAAUUUCAUCGUUUUUGGCGUCUUCAAGUUGGAAAUGGCAAGGAUGGUCAAAUAUUCAUAGUCCAGUGGAGGAUGUAUUUUGCAACAUAUGGGCCAUUCUCGAACCAUUGCUUUUUGGGCUCAUUGGAACCGAGUUUGAUUUUGCCAACAUUAGUUUAAAUUUGCUAUGGCAAGCGCUGGCAGUUCUAGGCCUCUGCUUAACCUGUCGGACUAUUGCCUGCGGUGUUGUAGUAUAUGGGGCCAAAUUGACCUUCAAAGAAAUUGUUUUCGCGCUUUUAGCCUGGCUACCAAAAGCAACAGUUCAGGCUACUUUAGGACCUGUAGCUUUGGAUUUAGCUACCAAACGUGGCCAAGAAGAUUACAUCCAAUGGGCCGAAGAUAUUCUCACCAUUGUUGUACUAUCUAUUCUGAUAACCGCUCCUAUAGGAGCGAUUGGUAUUACUGUAGGGGGUCCGAGACUCCUUACUAAAGAUCCACCAGCCAUUAAAGCUGUAGAAAAUGGAAAUUCGCAAGUGCCUGUUGAUGAAACACUUUUCAAUGGAGUGUGAAUGAAAGAAUGGUAGGGAGGGAGGGAGCGAGGCUAAUUAAGUUGUAGUUUUCCUAUUUUUAUAGUUCUGUUAAAUAAACAAGAGAAUUUCAUUUUUAA